GAAUGACGUCAUAACUACGCGCCCAGUGGCACCACCAUCCGAGCUUCCGAGUCUCGACGCCUAUCGCCUGUACACCAGACAGAGGACUUUUUUUUAAUGAUGAGCGGUGAAAAGUACCCAAUGUCUUCAAUAGAGGAUGACUUCAACUAUGGCACAAACGUCGCCACUGCUAGUGUCCAAAUACGUAUGGACUUUCUGCGGAAAGUGUACACUCUGCUGAGCUUGCAGAUAAUUCUGACGACGGCCACAUCUGCCCUUUUUAUGUUCUCUCAGACCAUCAAAGAGUUUGUCCAUGCCAGCCCGGCUGUGGUUUUGGGUUCAGCUCUGGGCUCCCUGGUCCUGCUUCUGGCCUUGGCUGUGUACAGACAUAAGCAUCCAGUCAACCUUUACCUGCUGCUUAUGUUUACUCUGCUGGAGGCAAUCUCCGUAGCCACAGCUUUGACUUUCUACGACUACUCCACUGUGCUCCAAGCUUUGUUUCUGACUUGUGCUGUGUUUGCCGGCCUGACCACCUACACUUUCCAGUCCAAGAGAGACUUCACUAAACUGGGAGCAUUUCUUUUCUCCUGCUUGUGGAUCCUCAUAAUUGCAAGCGUCAUGAGGGUCUUUUUCAACAGUGAUAGCACAGAGCUGCUGUUCGCCGGGACAGGGGCUUUAGUCUUCUGUGGCUUCAUUAUCUAUGACACCCACAUGCUGAUGAAGCAGCUGUCCCCCGAGGAGCACAUUUUGGCAUCCAUCAACCUCUACCUGGACAUCGUCAACCUCUUCCUUCACAUUUUACGUAUCCUCGACUCGAUGAAGAAGCACUAAAAAGAAGCUGCUCUGCUGGCCGCACUCAAUCAUGCUAUCACUAAUUGAAUUAAUGCUGUGUCUGGAAUUGAA